AUGUUCCACGAGAAUUUGAGGAAAUCUGUGGUGAGUCGAAGGUGUUUUAGUGGCAGAAACAUCCCAAAAAAAUAGAGCUGACAUUAUUGGCAUAUAUUGAAUUCAUAUUAUAUUUCUGCCUCGUAAAACUUAUUUCAGCUCCUUCUUAACUUUAUCAUCUGUUUUUCUCCCAUUCUUCAUCCUCUUACCGUCUACCUGGCAAGUGAUGAUGCGCCAUUACUCCAUAGCAAUUACACAGAAGCUAUUUUAAUUUACGGAAUGGAUGCAGUAGGCCAUAUGUGCCUUAUUUUUCUCCACUUAAAAUUCUUUAUUCUUAUUGCUGAGCGAAUCUUGGCCUACCGUAAAAGAGAUGUCUAUGAGCACACCAGGAACAAUUACGUGCCUCAAAUAUUUUCGGCUGCGGUAAGUAUAAUAAAAAAAUAUACAUGUUAUACAUAUUCUCUUCAAUUGCAUGCUUUCUGCCUUUCAGUUCGCCCUAUGCCUCAUUGAAUUGUCGUUGAAACUCUACACAUUCCUUGUAUUGGACACAGAGGAGAGAAUUGACAUUAGCUUACUGAAGGUGCUGACUAUUUCAGGAUCACCGAUCUACCUUCUCGUCUCUUGCUUGUUUUGUUACAAUUGCGGUCUCGUCGGGUACUUUGUAAGUCCUGAACUGUCAAGAGCCUUUACCAAGGCCAAAGUUUGAAGCGAUCGUCGACCAUCAUUCAUUUUUUGAGCGUGCUCAGAGAGUUUAUGGUGACAUUAAGAGUGCGAUUUUUUAUUGAACUUUUCAGGAAUUUAUUCUACAGGGUGUUUCACGAAAUUCCGCGGAAAGUUUUUGUCGAUUUCUUGGCGCUCAGUCAAGAUAUCCAAAAAAUUUUUUUGCAAGAGAAAGAAGGGCGGUUUUUUGGCUAUGAAAAUCAUUUUCUCCACCAACAUCGAAGGCCCAGAGUGUUUCAAACUUCCCUGUCGAAGCGAUCGCGAUUUUUUCGACCGUCAAAAAAUCGGAAGUGCAUUCUAAGCAAAAGUUUGUAUCAACGUUAAGAACUCCAAAAAAACUUAAAAACUAUAAAAAUAAACCCACUUAGACUUGUACAAAGACAAAAAAUGCCCCUUAACGAUUAUUUCAACUUUCAUACUACAAUUUUUUUACUAUAACAACUUCAAUUUGCCGUAAUAGAGAAUAAAUUGCCAAAAAAUAUUGCCUAUUGUGCGAUUGUCCUUAGAUGGCUCGUUUUUUUUAGACGACAGGUGACGUAUUGGUUUCUGAAGUACGAGCUAAAUGACGAACGUCGCAUAAAAAUAUUGUAGCCUGAUUUUCCCGCAAUUCUUCAUCCUUGUAUCUGCCAUUUCAGUGCUUUCGCAGGCUCCAAAUCACGGCUGUAGGCCAACGUCAUCACAGUCGUUCGCUCAGCGAACGCUUCGAGUUGAGACAAACUGAAGUCGUUACGAACAUAAUGCUCUCGCUGAACAAGCUUUACAUUGUAUCUCUAAUCGCGUCUUCUCCGGCACUUUUCCCGUGCAUUCGUGUCAUAUUUUGGCCAGCUGACGAGACAUGGCAGCGAAUAUAUAAAACCUCAACUUUGGUAUGUUUUAAGAACCAUUUUUACCGCCCGUUUUUAGUACACGUACGCAGCUAUUGGGGCAUACAAUCUGGUGGCAACAAUAUACACGCUAAAGAAGAUGAAAGUGAUGUUCAAAACAAUUCCAGUAGAAAUUGGGGUGAACCCGAGGAAUGAUAAUGUUGAAAGAUACUUUUCUAGGCUGCAGACGGAUUGGAAAAUUGGUGCUGUUAAAUAA